GAUUGGACCAAAAGCUCAGCGGAAGGCUCCAGAAGUGACUAGAAGGUCGUGAGGAACGUAUAAAUUGUGACGGUUUAAAUUACCGGCAUUGAGACGACGAAACUACCGACGAAAGGAGCUGCUCAACGGGAAAGAAACCGCUUCGUUUUCAACACUUUAGGACACUCAUUUGAAACGACCAAGAUGUCUGCAUCUAAAGGUGUAGCAAUCGGUAUCGACCUUGGCACCACCUACUCGUGUGUGGGCGUCUUUCAGCAUGGAAAAGUAGAAAUCAUCGCCAAUGACCAGGGCAACAGGACCACCCCCAGCUAUGUGGCGUUCACUGACACGGAGAGGCUCAUCGGGGACGCAGCCAAGAACCAGGUGGCUUUGAACCCCAGCAACACUGUGUUUGAUGCCAAGAGACUGAUUGGAAGAAAGAUUGAUGAUCCAGUGGUACAGGCGGACAUGAAGCACUGGCCCUUCGAGGUUGUCGGAGAUGGAGGAAAGCCCAAAAUUCAGGUCGAAUACAAAGGGGAGGAGAAAACCUUCUACCCUGAGGAGAUUUCCUCCAUGGUUCUGGUGAAGAUGAAGGAAAUUGCUGAGGCGUACCUCGGCUCAAAGGUGUCCAAUGCAGUCGUCACAGUCCCAGCAUACUUCAACGACUCCCAGCGACAGGCAACUAAAGACGCAGGCGUCAUCGCAGGACUGAAUGUCCUGAGGAUCAUCAACGAGCCGACGGCAGCCGCCAUCGCAUACGGCCUGGACAAAAAACAGUCAGGGGAACGUAACGUCCUGAUCUUUGACCUGGGUGGAGGCACCUUUGACGUGUCCAUCUUGACCAUCGAAGACGGUAUCUUUGAGGUCAAAGCCACGGCUGGAGACACCCACCUGGGUGGAGAAGACUUUGACAACCGCAUGGUCAACCACUUUAUGGAAGAGUUCAAGAGGAAACACAAGAAGGACAUCAGCCAGAACAAGAGAGCCUUGAGAAGGCUGCGCACAGCUUGUGAGAGGGCCAAGAGAACGCUGUCCUCCAGCUCCCAGGCCAGCAUUGAGAUCGAUUCUUUGUCUGAGGGCAUUGACUUUUACACCUCCAUCACCAGGGCACGCUUUGAGGAACUGUGCUCUGACCUGUUCAGGGGAACCUUAGAGCCGGUGGAGAAAUCCCUGAGGGACGCCAAAAUGGACAAGGCACAGAUCCACGACAUCGUCCUGGUCGGAGGCUCCACCCGAAUCCCCAAAAUCCAGAAACUCCUGCAGGAUCUCUUCAACGGCAGGGAGCUGAAUAAGAGCAUCAACCCAGACGAGGCGGUGGCUUACGGGGCUGCUGUCCAGGCCGCCAUUCUCACAGGUGAUACCUCAGGCAACGUUCAGGACGUGCUGCUGCUGGACGUGGCGCCUCUGUCCCUGGGUAUAGAGACAGCUGGAGGAGUCAUGACGUCCCUGAUUAAACGAAACACCACCAUCCCCACGAAACAAACCCAGGUCUUCACAACCUACUCUGAUAACCAGCCGGGGGUCCUCAUCCAGGUCUAUGAAGGGGAAAGAGCCAUGACCAAGGACAACAACCUGCUGGGCAAGUUUGAGCUUACAGGAAUCCCGCCCGCUCCACGAGGGGUCCCGCAAAUCGAGGUCACCUUUGACGUGGACGCCAAUGGCAUUUUGAACGUGUCCGCAGUGGACAAAAGCACCGGCAAAGAGAACAAGAUCACCAUCACCAACGAUAAGGGCCGACUGAGCAAAGAGGAGAUUGAGAGGAUGGUGCAGGAUGCCGACCAAUACAAAGCUGAGGAUGACCUUCAGAGGGACAAAAUCUCUGCCAAGAACUCUCUGGAGUCCUACACCUUCAACAUGAAGAGCAGUGUGCAGGACGACAACCUGAAGGGCAAAAUUAGUGAGGAGGACGAGAAGACGCUGAUGGAGAGGUGUGACGAGACCAUCGCCUGGCUGGAGAGCAACCAGCUGGCUGAUAAAGAAGAGUACCAACACAAGCAGAAAGAGCUGGAGAAAGUGUGCAACCCCAUCAUCAGCAAGUUGUACCAGGGAGGAAUGCCUGCUGGCAGCUGUGGCGAGCCGACAGGAGCCGGCUCCCAGGGGCCCACAAUUGAGGAGGUGGACUAAAAUAUCCCUUAAUAUAGACUCAUCACUGGGCUGUUUGAAAUUCUACUGUAACUUUACAUCUCUCAUGCAUAUGUUUUUAUCAUCAUGUUAGGAUUCUAGCUUUUGGGUAAUGGGUGGCAUCUUAAUGUAUUUCUCAUCUCUGCCUUGCUGAAUAUUGCAAUAAAGAGGAAACGUAAAUAUA